AUGCUCAGGAGUAAGGCGAGGAAGUCAAUGACUUUAUUUGUACUAAUUGCUGCAGGUUUGGAGGGUGGAGGCGCUGACACUGUUUUCGUGUGUGCACUCAACGAUGACGUCGAUUUCCCUGAUGAGAACAUGUCCGAUUUUGAUUUUUGGGCCUGGGUCCGGGAGCACAACAAUCGACUGCUUGUCUUGCCUGUCGAUGCCAAAUUCUGCGGCCGCAAUAACGUGAGAUACUCGGGGAACCUCAGCCUGCACGAUCAAGGAUUUAUCUACACCUGGUCUCAUUGUACCAAGCGUGACAAUGACCACUACAACAUUGUCGCAGCGUUGGUCGAAGGCGUACCAAACCAUCUGGCAAUCGUGCCUAGAGCCAUCUGGGGUGCGGGCAACGAAUCUUAUGGAAUGCUCGCAUCGGAGUCGGGCCCACUCUGGCUGGCUUUAUUCAUGGUCCAUUUCGACGACAUGGAGCAGGCCAUUCAGAAUCUGGCUGCUGCUACGCUCUCUGAACCAAGAGCACCGGUAUGGUACGUCAAUCCUACUAACGGACUCUGUUUCGAAGGAUGGAGACCAGAAAAGACUAGUCACCCUCCCAUCUGGCCAGUAUCUGGCUCGGCCUCCAGACGAGACGCUACCCGACUCAUCCGGUUCUUCGAUGAUUUGAAAGCGGCGGAUCCGAGUAUCAAGGUGUUCUUCAAUCGCGAUCAGCCCUGGAUACACGAUUUUCAUAUCGGACUUCCUGGUCUCGGAAUGGUGCGUAUCGAACACAAAUACCGGAACAAGCCGUGGAAGCAGAUGGUGGUAAAUUGGGCCGCCAAACGUCACACAAGGCAAGCUCCCUUCGUGCUUCGACGUCUCUAUCACUUCUUUAUUGGCCAGACGCGAGACGGAGGUAUAACAUGCAUCGGUCGCCACGAAAUGCACAGGGUCUUCUCCAAUACCGACCGGACAGCAAUCGAUCUUGAGUUUGUGACGUCUCGCACCAAGACCUCUCUCCCGGAGAUUUUGGAGUACAUGAAACAAAACUUCUUUGCUGCGAAAACAGCUAUCAUUGACGCCCUUGACGAUAUUCGCCCAGAAGACAUUACUCGCGGACUCCUCGAAGGCUGUUGGAAGCAAAAGAUGGAGCAAGUAUUGAAUCGAGAACUUGCCGAUAUUAACGACACUGGGCGACAAUUUGGUAUGCCGUGGGUCGCUAGGGGCAUUCAGUAUUGGUGCUGGAGGUUGGAGAGAAGCGCCCUUUUCCCAGUGGCCACGCUCGGCUCGCCGUUUACUCACCUUUAUAUUGACCACAAAUGGCUUCCAGACGAACUAUCGUACUACCAAAAGUAUGGACGCUUGCCAUUCUACGUGUGGUGCAAAGCCAUUAUGGAGAAUCGUGCCGUCGCUCUGAAGCUAGAGGAUCGGCGCCUUGGACCGCACGCUUCCUUACAGCUAGACGCUCUGUUGGGUCAGACUUGCAGCGGGUGGAACAAGCCACCGGGAGAGGACUUCAAAUGUUUCAACGUUUUCGGAAUGUUGAAGAGCUCGAUAGUGCGACAGAACCAGGAGCGUUCGGCUUGGUACGCCUGUUUCCCUGAUGACAUAACUGCCCGGUUUCAGUCCAGCGAUGAGAGCGAUCGAUUGUCGAAGAUAGAGCCGGCUAUGAACAGCACCGGCGAAAAGUUUCUCAGAGCUCGCAAUGCCUACAGCGAUACGCUACAGGAUCCGCCAUACCGCAGCGGCAAGACAGCAGUACCUCUGAAGGCACCGUUCAUUCUAGAAGGCAUCGAGCCUAUGAGAUAUCUUAUGAAUGUUGCCGAUGGCUCCAUCAAUCGCCAGCUGAAUCGAGUCCUUGACGAUGACUUGAUGAAUAAGAGUUUCGAAUGGCAGAGCACUCAAGGCGUAUCGCAAGCAUAUAGCCCAAAGAUCCACAUUGGCCAAUACAUUAGGACUGUGAGAGCGUGGAUGCAGUCUCUAUGGACGUAUAGUAUGGCGUACGGCGUGACCGUUCAUCGGGGGGGGGAGACGUCAGCACUGCCCAAGCUUCGUCCCAACAGUAUGAUGUCGAUUAAUCGGGUGCUCUUCGGUGAACAUGAUGGGAGUGCGGCCCGCAGAAGUUCUUUGCAGGUAAUGACUCUGAUGCCUAGCAAAGUACAUUGCUGUAAAUUGGUUGAAAUCUGCUGCGCUUUUUGCUGUGCACUUGUGAAGCUUACGUCCGUUCCUAUGGAGUCCUCAAUGCCGAAGAAGCCAGGCCGGUGGGCGACGUACUAUUAUUGCCGCUUCGAGCAAUUUUUGGAAGAAGUUCGACGUCUCGACAUGGCAGACCAACCCCUGAAUGGACGGCUCAUGGCUGCCGCUCUCACCACUCUAGGAAAGGCGGGAUAUCGGCGCCAGCGAGAGCAUGAAACAGCGCAGGUCGAUGGCCUUAUCAUCCUGAGUGUGAUAGGACACGACAUCGACCAAGUAAAGAGCGUUAGAGCAAUGGAGUUUAGUCCGGAGAAUGUAGAUAUGAUAGACAGGCUUGAAGCUGCAUUGCGGCAGGUCCACGGUAAGAGCUGCUUUCGAAAGUCGCCAUCAGCGCUAACUCGGCCAACCAUAGACACCUUGAAAGGCAUUCUGCAGGGGGAUAUCGAACGACGAUAUGGAACCUCAAUCUCGACCUCCAGCUCCAGCUCCAGCCUCACGCCUACGCCAACUGGUCCGAAGCGCAGCGCCGAGCAAGCCAACAUGGAUCAGAUAGCUUUUCCCGUUAGGAAGAGACAGCGCACUUCCGGCGCAGUGCAAUCCAAGAAUCCGGAGGAGGUGAAUGUCGAGAAUGAGAUCUCAAGUGCAAGUACAGCUCAAGAUCGCGAAGAGCUUAUGCUAGAUGCAGAUGAUGAGCAUGGUGACUCGGUGGCAGAUGAUGAGGAGGAUGACUUGGAGGCAGAUGAUGAGUAG